UCAAUUUUUUUUUGCAUUUUCAGGCGGUAAACAACAGUCUGGCAAAAGUAUGACCUCGCCAAAGAAGGUGACACCUUACGCUGUCAUCUUUGUCCUCCGCGUUGUCGAGGUUUGUACGCAAAGUGCGACCGUUCCUCUCGUCUCACCACCCCUCCCUUCCCGACCGUUUCUCGCCGUGUGGAACGUGCCUUCUGAGAAAUGUGGGUCGGACUUUGGGGUGGACCUCAGCCUAGACUCCUACAACAUCGUGUCCAACCCUGACCAGAAGUGGAAUGGUACAUACAUGACCAUCUUCUAUUCACAACAAAUGGGACUUUAUCCUUACUACGACGAUGACAACAUGCCCAUCAAUGGAGGAAUACCACAGGUUGUGAACAUGACCGCCCAUCUGGCCAAGGCUGCUGAGGACAUCAGGACACUGAUCUCUGACCCAGAUUACAGGGGACUGGCCGUUAUUGACUGGGAGGGAUGGAAGCCUGUCUGGAACAGAAACUGGGAUACCAAGGCAAUCUACAAGAAUGCAUCCCGUUCACUAGUGGAAAAACAUCAUCCUGAUUGGCGUAAAGAAAAGAUUGAGGCUGCUGCAAAAGCAGAGUUUGAGGCCGCAGGCCGGACCAUGUUCACAGAAACCAUCCUUCUGGCACGAAAGCUGCGUCCCAAAGCACACUGGGGGUACUACCUCUUCCCUGACUGCUACAACUAUAAGAAAAGUACUUACAAUGGAACAGCAGCAUAUAGCUGUCCACAAAUAGAGCUAGAACGGAACAACCAGAUCCAGUGGCUGUUCCAGGACAGCACAGCCUUAUAUCCGUCCAUCUACCUCAGCAGUCGAUUUGAGCAGACUGAAGACUCGCGAUGGUUUGUGUACUUCCGCAUGAAGGAAGCAUUCCGUAUGAGGGCAUCACGGAAGGAACAAAGCAUUCCUGUUUUUGCAUACACCAGGUUUGUGUAUGAGGAGACAAGGGAAUACCUAACAAAGAGGGACAUGAUGCACACAAUGGGCCAGGCUGCAGACAUGGGAGCUGAUGGGAUAGUGAUCUGGGGGGAUUAUAAAAAUGGAGGAACAAAGGAAGCAUGCCUUGAACUUCAGAGCUACCUCCGGACCAUGCUCGGUCCCUACAUCCUCAACAUCACCACUGCAGCAGCGAGAUGCAGUCAACAGCACUGUAGCGGACAUGGAAGGUGUGUCCUAACAACGGGGAGCCAUGGCAACCAUGACAUAAACAGAGUCAUGGAAACAAAGGAAAAAUUUAUCAAACAUACUGUUGACAGUUCUUCCUUUGGAAAAUUGAUUGAAAAAGAUGACUUACAAAGAGUUAGUAAUCAUGUGAGCAGUGCUAAGUUUGCCAGUUUUUAUGAGGUUUCCAUGUGUAGAUGUUACCCAGGCUGGACCGGGGAAACCUGCAAUCACAAAGGUUAAACAGCAUCAAGCACGUUGAAUUUUACUGUUGCAGAUAUGAACAAUGGCUAGAUGCAAUGUCCUUUCUGUAUGAACACUGCAGGGUUAUAAAGUUAUCAAAGCUUAAGGAUAUAUGCAUGACCUUAGGCCAUUGACUCAGCCAUUCCAAGAGCUCUCAAAAAGAUUUUCAUAUGACGAUUUAUAAAGAAAGUUUUGUACAUGUAUUGUAUUGUAUGUAAAACAUGUGACAACAGAGAGACCUACAAACCAUUACCCUCAUUAUUGUGUAAAAAAACUUUUAAAAACUACAACUACACCCUGAACAUUGAUUCAUUAUUUGUGUUACUUUAUUUAGAACAUGUUAUGCCAUUAUAUGUUUUUAUCCAUUAUUGAAGUUAAAAGUUUUUACUUCAUUUCACCACAAUCAGUUCAGUGGACACCAGAAUGUAUUUAAAGUUUAUCUCAAUCUUUCUUGCAUUUUUCUGUGUUUGCUGUGUUUUCUGGCAUGUUGUGGCAGAUCUGGUACCAGAGGGUCUCCAACCAACGUUUCCUCUCUGCUCAGUCCCUUCCCCUGGACAGUUUUACUUCUGAACCAGCUUCUUCUACUCACAGUUUUGUGAAGAUACCUUCCGUACACAGCUUAGGAGAAGAGAGCUUAAUAUACAGUCCUGCCUUUUGGAUGAAGGGUUUAAAUUUGAAUAAAAGGAUAUGAAUACUUCUAGAUUUAAUUUUUAGAUACUAGUAGUAUCCAUUUUUAUCAGAUAAACAGCUUCUUUUACAUGUCUAUCAAAUGUUGUUUCUUCAAAAGAUAAAAGUUUGAACAAACUAGCAAAAAAUUGAUUAAUCAAUAAUAGAACAAUAUUGAUAAUUAUUAUGCAAAUUUAUUCCUGACAUUGUGUUUAGUUCAUAGACUGUAUGGGAUUUUAUAUGUUUGUGUAGUUAUGGGGUCAAUUUUAUUCACCUCUAAAACAUGCUGGAAAGGUCAAGGUCACGGUGCGUGACGUUAUUUCUCUUUCCCAGGGCAAUGGACUGAGAUCUUCCACAGCUUGGAAUGUGUGUCCGCUAUGUACGAAAUCCUGCAUUCAAAUCCUGCAUUCAAAUCCAAACUUUCUAUAUCAUGAUUAUCUUUAUGAAUGGAUUUUAGCAAAGUCUUAAUCUUUUCACAUAUUUUGUCACCUGAAUACUAAAUACUAAAUAAAUCAGUGACACUGCAUUGAACUGCA